CCCCGUGUUGCCCCCCCACCAGGAACCCCCCCCCCGUGUUGCCAUGGAGAUGGUGCUGAACCCGCCGCAGCUCGUAGACUCCUCCUAUAAGAUGACGGAGGAAGACGUGAAGAGGCUGAUUGAGUUCAGAGCUUCUAACGAGGCUUUGUUUACCGGGAAGAGAAACUCUGCUAAGAUAGCCUGGAGCACCAUCCUGAAGGGUUUGGGUCUGGAGGGGAAGCUGACCGCCGACCAGAUCGCUAAGAAGUGGGACAACCUGCGCACCAAGUACAAGGACCUGAAGCAGCCGUACCAGGGUCAGGAGCACCUGGGUUCUGUGGUGGAGUCGUGGCCUUGGUUCCACAUCAUGGAUGAAGCCAUGCAGGGCCGUCUCUACAACAGCAACCUGGUGCUGAGCCCUGACAACGUCUGUGGUCACCGUGGCAACAGCCAGCCCAGCCAGAACCAGGAGAACACCGACAUCCUGGAGUUCCUCAUUAAGACGGAGAUGGACGACUCGGUGGCGACGGAGACCUCCGAGGACGACGGAGCCAUGCAGACGGAGGCUCCGCCCACAGAGGGAGUACCGAUGGGCUGGAGGAGGAUGAGCGAGUGCUCCUAUAAGAUGCCCGAACAUGAAACGGAGCGAAUGAUCAAACUGAGAGCAGCUAACGAGGCGCUGUUUACCGGCAGGAAGCACUCAGCCAAACCAGCCUGGAGAGCCAUCCUGUAUGAGCUGGGCCUGCAGGGGAAACUGACCACAGAGCAGCUCGCUAAGAAAUGGGACAACCUGAAGAGAAGAUACAAGGAGUUGAAGUUUCCAGCUCGUGGUGUAGAGACCAACCCGAGCUCGUGGCCGUGGUUUUACCGUAUGAACGACGCCAUGGAAGGCCGCUUCGCCGCCGCCGCGCCGAUCCUCACGCCCAUCGUGAUGGACGAGGACGACGAAUGCGAGCCGCUGUCACCCACGCCGAAGAAAAGAGCGCGGCGGAGCCGAGGAGGGAUGGCCGAGUUCCUGACGGAGUCUGAGAUGGAUCUGCUGGUCGACUCCGACGACAAGAACGGAGCUCAGAGCCUCGGAGAGCUGCAGCGCCUCAACGAGCUCACCUACAAACGUCUGUCACUCAUCAAUAACUUGACAGAAGAAGACACUCGCAGACUAAUCGAGCUGAGAGCUGCUAACGAGUCUCUGUUCACUGGCAGGAGGAACACUGCUAAACCAGCCUGGAGGGGCAUAGUGAGGGAGCUGGGUCUGACAGGAAGGAUCACACCUGACCAGGUGGCUAAGAAAUGGGACAACCUGAAGACCAAGUUCAAGGACCUGAAGUUUCCCCCCCGAGGGAUGGAGGGUCAGACCAACCCGGCCUCCUGGCCCUGGUUCCAGCUGAUGAGCGACGCUCUGGAGGGCCGUCUGGCGGGAAAAGCUCCCCGUGUGACUCCUGUCUGGUCCAACGAGGAGGACGGCGUGUUCGUCUCGUCGCCCCCCCGCCCCUCCGACAGAGAUUGUCUGAUGGAGCAGAGGAGCAGCGUGUCGGAGCUGGAGAGCAUGGUGGGAGGAGACCACGCGGAGGCAGACGGGAUCGUCACGUACAUCGACGCCAGCGGGGAAGAGUGCUCGACGCCGUCAGACCUGUCAUACAAGAUGACGGAUCAGGACACGCGCAGGAUGAUUAAACUACGAGCUGCUAACGAGGCGUUGUUCACAGGAAGGAGAAACGCUGCCAAAGCUGCCUGGAAAGCCAUCCUGAAGGAACUCGGGCUGCAGGGAAGAGUUUCGACCUAUCAGAUGGCGAAGAAGUGGGACAAUCUGAAGAGGAGAUACAAGGACCUGAAGUACCCUCCUGUGGGGAUGGAGAGCGUUGCAGACGGCGCCUCCUCCUGGCCGUGGUUCCACCUGAUGAAUGAAGCCAUGGAGGGCCGGCUGGCGAGCAGCGCCCCCCUCCUCGCCCCCGUCACCCAGGACGACGAGCAACAUCCCGACCCCGCCCCGAGACAGCGGCCCCGCCUGGCCCCUCCCCCUCCACCCUCCUCCUCCUCGGACUACGGACAGGAGGCUUUCGGCGACGGCGCCGAGCAGAACCAGCGGAGCGCGGAGGCGUGCGACGGGCCGCUGGGAGGCCUGGAGAGAGAGUGGGAGGUGGUGGAGAGGGAGCGGGUGGAGUUGGAGCGAGAGAGGGAGGUGGUGGAAAGGGAGCGAGCGGCGGUGGAGAGGGAGCGGGCGGCGGUGCAGGCGGAGAGGCUGUGGUUGGACCGGGAGCGGGCCGCGGUGGAGCAGGACAGAUCCAUGGUGGAGCAGGAGAGGGCGGCGCUGGGGAGGGAAAGGGAGGUGCUGGACCAGAGAGCCCUGUUGCUCAACUCUGUGGGGCAUUCAGGACACCUCAACAACCUGAUGUAGACCGCCACCAUCCUCCAGGACAUAGACCGCCACCACGCUCCAGGACAUAGAUGGUCACCAUGCUCCUUGCUCCAGGACAUAGACCGCCACCAUGCUCCUUGCUCCAGGACAUAGACCGCCACCACGCUC